AUGUCAAAACUCGCCACUGUUAAAGAAUAUUUCAUAACAAGAUUCACAACUCUUGUACCAAGUCGUGAAGAAUUUGAAGCUGAAAAGGAAGCUUUAAACCCCUUCCCAGCUUUAAAACAAAUGAAUAAAAGACAAUGGCAAUUCUUUCUUGUUGGAUUUUGUGCUUGGACUUGGGAUGCUUUUGAUUUUUUUGCAGUUUCUUUAAAUGCUGCAGCUAUUGCAGAAUCAUUAGGUAAAAAUGUUAGUGAUGUUACUUGGGGUAUAACAUUAGUUUUGAUGUUAAGAUCAGUUGGUGCUGUGCUUUUUGGUUAUUUAGGUGAUCGUUAUGGUAGAAAAUUACCAUACUGUCUUAAUAUGGGAUUAUUAGUUGUUUUACAAAUUGCUUGUGGAUUCGUUAAGACUUAUGAAGCAUUCUUAGGUGUUCGUGCGUUAUUUGGGAUUGUUCUUGGUGGUUGUUUUGGUGUUGCAGCUGCAACUUCAUUAGAGGGUGUUCCAGUUCGUGCAAGAUCAGUAUUAUCUGGUGUUUUCCAACAAGGUUACGCUUUGGGUUAUUUACUUGUGGUUGUUUUCAAUAGAGCUAUUACUGAUAAUUCACCACAUGGUUGGAGAGCUAUUUUUUGGUUUAGUGCAGGACCUCCAGUAUUAUUAUUAGCUUGGAGAUUAUGUUUACCAGAAACUGAUGAAUUUUUACAACAACAAUUACAUUUACAAGAGGGUCAAAAAGCGCAAUUUUUCAAAGAUGCUAAAAAAGCCCUAAAGCAACAUUGGUUAAAAUUAAUUUAUAUGGUUAUUUUAAUGUCUGGUUUUAAUUUUUCAUCUCAUGGGUCCCAGGAUCUUUAUCCAACUUUAUUAACAAAACAAAGAGGUUUUGGUCAUGAUCGUUCCACUGUUACCAAUUCUGUUGCAAAUUUAGGUGCAAUUGCAGGUGGGAUCCUUAUGGGACAUUUUUCAGGUUUUGUUGGACGUCGUCUAAUUGUGGUUAUUGGAUGUAUUUGUGGUGGUGCAAUGAUUUAUCCAUGGGCAUUUGUUAAAGGUGUUGGUGGUACUAAUGCUGGUGCAUUUUGGUUACAAUUCUUUGUACAGGGGAAUUGGGCUAUUGUUCCAAUUCAUCUUACAGAAUUAUCACCACCAGAAUUUAAAGCUUUUGUUACUGGUGUUUCAUAUCAAUUGGGUAAUUUAGCAUCAAGUGCAAGUUCCACGAUUGAAAGUACAAUUGGUGAAAGAUUCCCAUUAUAUGAUGAAGCUGGGAAUCAAAGAGAUGGGGUGUAUGAUUAUGGGAAAGUUAUGGCUAUAUUUAUGGGUUGUGUUUUUGCAUUCUUGUUGGUUGUUACUUUAUUAGGACCAGAAAAUAGAAAUGGUAAUAUUAAUUAUCAAUUAAGUGAUGAAGAAAUUAAAGAUUUAGCUGAACAAGGUAAGAUUGUUAAUACUUCAGAACAUCAUGAAUAUGCUGAAGGUGGUAGUUCUUCUGGUAAUGAAGGUACUGGUGAAAAGGAUAAGGCAUUGAUUGUUCAUAAAGAGUGA